UCUCCCUGACUUGAACCUCUAAUUGCAUAUCCUGGAACAGAGUGGAGCUCCAAAACUGGUUUUCAAUGGCCUCUGUAGCUUUCUUCACUCCACCGGCUCUGAAACUGGUCACCGGAAAUGGGUCUUCUCGGAACCAGAGUUCUUGCUCGGAAUUCUCAAAUGGGUACCCUUGGUUUUCUUAUUCUUGCAGACCAUUUAGAGCUCAGAAGUUCUCAGUUGGGCCCAGAAGGUCGGUGAUUGUUGGGGCGAAGAAGAAGAACAACAACAAGGAGAGGAAGAAGGAAGAUAAGCAUAGCUUUGUGUCUAAACCUGAUGAGGCUACUGGGCCUUUUCCUGAAGCUGUGCUGCUUAAACAGUCGAAAGUUCAGGAAGAUGGGGCACUUCUCCCUGAGUUUGCGGACGCAGAUGAAGAGAAGGUCUAUGAAUUUCUGAAGCUUCAGCUGCAAGAUGAUCUGGAUGAGGAAAGACUGCGCCACUAUGAGGUGGUUUAUCUGAUUCAUGAGAAACAUGCUGAAGAGGUGGGGAGUGUGAAGGAGAAAAUUGAAGCUUUUCUAGGGGAGAAAAGAGCCAGGAUAUGGAGACUGAGUGAUUGGGGAAUGCGAAGACUAGCAUACAAAAUACAGAAAGCCAAGAACGCCUACUACGUUCUGAUGAACUUUGAGAUAGACGCCAAAUGGAUAAAUGAUUUCAAGAGCCUGUUGGACCAGGAUGAAAGAGUCAUUCGGCAUCUGGUGAUGAAGAGGGAUGAGGCUAUCACAGAGGACUGCCCUGCUCCUCCUGAGUUUCAGUCCAUGAAUGCAGGUACAGAUUCUGAAGAGGAUGACGAGGAUGAGGAUGAUAUGGAAUACGAUGAUGAAGAUUACGAUGAUGAAGAUGGGAUCAUCAUUGUUGACGCUGACAAUGAUGAUGUAGAAGAUAGUAAACUACUAGAACAACUAGUGUAGGAAACACAGUAGUAAGAUGAGAAAACUAGUGACAGAGAAGUGAGAUUAGAGAGUUUUGAGAAUUGAGUUUUGUAUAAAUUUGUUAAAACCAUAGGUUUUUCAAGUAAUAUAUAUAUAAUUGUCUGUACCCUUAUUUGAAUUUAUGUAUUAAGUACUUCGAAA